GUUGUGUUACACUUGAGGACUCUAGACACCGCUCUAGACACCAUGUCGUCACUGGCGUGUCUUGCCAAGCAGCUGGUGGCCCUGAACACCAAGGUUGUAGAGGCGUUCCUGCCGCAGCUCGCUUGGGAGGCCCGCGCCGACAGGAACGGCGAGCACAACCCCCGCUACUACGCGACCCUUCGUACUGGCGAGGGCGGGCCGUUUGAGCCCGUGCGCGAGGUCUUCAAGGAGUGCAACAUCGUCAUGUACCUCAUCUGGACGGCUCCCGGCGGCCAGCACUACGCCCACGGUGAUGGUGCCAGGGGAAGGAAGGCGGGCUACCAGGCCCGCUACGUGAUGAAGGUCGGCGGCGACGAGGGCUCCACGGGCUCCAUCCGCCUCCGCAUGGCUGGCGAGGAGGAGAGGUGCAUCCCAUACCAGGCCGCCUACAUCAUGGACCCGACCACCGGGUCCCUGCCCAACAAGCACCGUGUGGCGCCGGUGAAGGACAACACGUGUGUGCUGGUGGUGUCGGUUUACCGCACCGACCUCACCUACGACGACAUCGUGGGCGCCAUCGUGGCCAAGUCUGUGGAGCGGCUGCAGCCCUUCAGUCUGGCCGCCAUUGAGAUCAAGCGGCCGACUGCACUGAAGCCCAGCACCAGGGCGAGCCUUGGCAACACCUACGGCACGGCCAACAAGGGCAACACCAAGCCGCCGAGGACCAAGGCGCACAAGGACGCCCUGUCGGCGGCCCACAAGGGCAAGCCGCUGUCCAAGGCGCACAAGGACGCCAUUUCGGCGGCCAUGAAGGGCAAGGGCAAGGGCAAGCCGAGGUCCCAGGCGACCAAGGACGCCAUUUCGGCGGCCAAGAUCAAGUGCAUCUGCGGCAUCUGCAAAAACUGCAAGGGGCGGGCCCGUGUCCAGGAGUUCCGGGCCAAGAAGGCCAAGAAGGCCUAGUCGACUGCCCAAAACCGGUGUUUAUC